CAGGCGCGGCCGGCCAGCUCGAGGCUUCUGAAGGCAGGCAGGCUGCGGGUUCUCCGGAGCGCUAGGGUUUUGCGGCCUGCGUUUGCCCCAGCUCCAGCCGUGCACGACCUGAGGCAGCGAGGAGCUGCUAGCCGAGCCUCCCGCUCUCUGGGCACCGUGAUCAUGGAGAAUCAGGUGCUGACGCCGCACGUCUACUGGGCUCAGCGGCACCGCGAGCUGUAUCUACGCGUGGAGCUGAGCGACGUGCAGAACCCUGCGAUCAGCAUCACUGAAAAUGUGCUGCAUUUCAAAGCUCAGGGACAUGGUGCCAAAGGAGACAAUGUCUAUGAAUUUCACUUGGAGUUCUUAGACCUUGUGAAGCCAGAGCCGGUUUACAGACUGACCCAGAGGCAGGUGAACAUUACCAUACAGAAGAAGGUGAGUCAGUGGUGGGAACGACUUACCAAGCAGGAGAAGCGUCCGCUGUUUUUGGCCCCUGACUUUGAUCGCUGGCUGGAUGAAUCUGAUGCGGAAAUGGAGCUCAGAGCCAAGGAAGAAGAACGCCUGAAUAAACUAAGACUAGAAAGCCAAGGUUCCCCUGAAACACUUACAAGCUUGAAGAAAGGCUACCUGUUCAUGUAUAAUCUUGUGCAGUUCUUGGGAUUCUCCUGGGUCUUCGUUAACCUGACAGUGCGGUUCUUUAUCUUGGGAAAAGAGUCCUUCUACGACACAUUCCACAGCGUGGCUGACAUGAUGUAUUUCUGCCAGAUGCUGGCGGCUGUGGAGACCAUCAAUGCAGCGAUUGGAGUCACCAGUUCACCAGUGAUACCUUCUCUCCUACAGCUUCUUGGGAGAAAUUUUAUUCUGUUUAUCAUCUUUGGCACCAUGGAAGAAAUGCAAAACAAAGCUGUGGUUUUCUUUGUGUUUUAUUUGUGGAGUGCAAUUGAAAUUUUCAGGUACCCCUUCUACAUGCUUUCCUGCAUUGACAUGGACUGGAAGGUGCUCACGUGGCUGCGUUACACCGUGUGGAUUCCCUUGUACCCCCUGGGAUGCCUGGCAGAAGCUGUCUCAGUAAUCCAGUCCAUUCCAGUAUUCAAUGAAAGUGGAAGAUUCAGUUUUACACUGCCAUAUCCAAUGAAAAUCAAAGUUAGAUUUUCCUUUUUUCUUCAGAUUUAUCUUAUAAUGUUAUUUUUAGGGUUAUAUAUAAAUUUUCGUCACCUUUAUAAACAGCGCAGGCGGCGCUAUGGACAAAAAAAGAAAAAGGUCCACUAAUCAGAGAGAUUUAGAAGGCUUCUUGCCAGUUUGAGCCUAAUCUAUGAUUCUUACAGUUUUACCUUCUUAUACUGAUGUAAAAGUUUUUUUUUAAUUAAUUGAAUCUCAGUGAGGCUAUCUCCCUUUCUGCAGUUAACAUUCCUGAAUUUACUGUAAUAUCUUAGUGUAGUACUUGCAUGACAUGGAUUCCUGAUAUCUGACAACAGGUUCAUUCUUGUGACAGCAAAAGGCUCAGCCCCACUCUACUCCGUGUGCAGUCUGUUCUUUACAUGCUGGAGAUACUGUCCCAGUGCUCUGUCCCUACAGGUACUGACCAUUCUUACAGUUGGGAUUUGUUCUUUUUCCUGAUUAGUGAAAAAAAGCAAGACUAUUUUGCACUGUAGAACCUUAUUAAAGUGACUCAGGCAGGACCUAAUAUUUCGUACCCAGAGUUACUUGUUUAGUUGGGUGGCACUUGCUUUUUGAAAAUCAAGUGUACUUCGUCAUUGGUAAGUGAGUCACAGCGUGGCUGGAGAGCCAUUGUGCAUCUGCCAUAUUUUGGCAUAACAACAUCUAUUGUCACAGUGCUUAUCACUACAGUGCUUACCAGUGUGGGCAUUGAAGAGGCAAAGGCAGUUUGAGAGAAGCCAAGCAGAACCUUGGAACACCAUGGUCACUUCAUUCCUAGGUAAAUCAGGACUGUUUUCAACUCUAAAGAAAGAGGAGACAGUGUUUAGAAAACAGAUUAUUAGUUUGAAACUCGUGGCUACAGGGGUUAGAAAAGAAUGCAAACAUUUUGGUCAAACUGGCACUGAUAAAACUGCUCAAAAUGUAGCCUGUGGCACACUGGAAAGUGAAUGCAGGCCAGCCUGGAGCAGGUCCUGCCUGCCUACAAAACUGUCUAAUCUGCAAAGUCCCUCUUUGUUUCCUUGUGCUGGCUGAGUCCAUUUCCUGCGUACUUCUCUGGGUGGGGAGGCUGUACAUUUUUUAACCUCAAAAGUGCAUUUUUUCUGCUGUUGUUGGAUUGGCUUUUUUUUUAACCCGUCUGCAGUAGGACACUGAAAACAGAACAGGAACUUUGGCUGGAGAAUGACCUGCUGGUCCUUUAACAAGGAGUCCUGCAGGAAACCCAAACCAGGGGAACUGAAGAAAAUGUGUAAAAACAUAUCAGUUUCCUCCAGUGCAUUCCAGGUAAACCAGGUAAAAUAAAUGUUAGAAAUGACACUUGCAUUAAAAGAAUUUAAGGCAUAGUUGCGCUUAUGUUCUGCCAUCCCCAGUGUCCCGGGGAGAAAGGAGUCUUGGUCAGCUUUGACCAAAUAGCAGAAGCUGACUGAUGUUUUAACAACUCAUUGCACUGAAGGGCAUUUUGCAUGUCUGUUAACUUCUGUCAACACCUUUGUGUACUGACUUCUGAUGUCCUCUCACCUGACUCUAACCGGGCUGAUCAGCUUUGCAGUAGAUGAUGCUACGUCCUCCUGGCAAAACCCUGUAUUCUUAGUGAUUGUUAGGAACUCCUUUAUCACUGUUUGAGGAAGACUGUGUAUUUAUAUUAAAACAUUUGCAAUCAAAAUCCUAGUAACGUGCUUUAAAGUUAUUUAAUAGUUUUCAAGCUUGUUUAGGCAGAAUAUCAUUUAGUUAAGCAGAGCAAACCAAAAAUGGUUGUUCUGGUUGAAGCCUGAACGAAGGCACAGUGUGGCUAGAAAAGCAUUGUUGAUGUAAAUAAAACCUGCAGAAGUUGCGUUCCUCGCGUAAGGUCAUGAAGCUAGCAGAUGAUUCGGAACCUGGCUGACUCCAAAUAACACUCUGCCUGGACCUGAUGGCCAGAAGCUGGCACAGCCAGGAGAGCCUAAUCAGAGUCGGACAAAGAAGUCAGUGUGGACUCUAACUUCUGAAUUUAUGAAUUUAUGCUACUACAUUCAAAGGACAGGUUGGACCAAGGGACAAAGGACCAUUCAUUUCUCAGUGGCAGUAUGUUGUAGAAAAUCAACUAUUUUAUUUUCAUUAAAAAAAAA